CUUCUUUCUUUCUGUUGGUUUUUAAUGAAGAACUGGGUGUAGGCCACUAUUUUUAAGGAUCACUAUCAUUGCAAAAUUCAAUUCCAAUUGUAACAAACUUGCUUUUCUGCAGAUGUGGAUGAAUUAGCUUUUUCCUUAUCCUGUCAAUUCGCUUUUCCUUUCCAUUGAAAUUAUAUAAUUAGGAUGAAAAUGACCUGUGCCAUGUUCAUUACAGAGUACAUGUCAAUUAUGUCAUGGUGGGUUUAGAUUUCACCAAAAAAGAUGAACAUUAAUUAAUAUUCAUAAUUUAAUAUAUCAGGUUGGUUUUUGCUGACAUUAUAAGCAAGAAAAUUAUGUCAAGCAACAGCAAAUCCAAAUUUGGCCUUUCAGUAUUCUUUUGGUGCAGUCAAAAUAGUGAAGUGUUAUGUAUGGCUACAUAAUUGCCUUUUCCAUAUGAUCUGUGGGCUAAAUAAUAAAGUACGGGAUUUGUUCUGUUCAACGUAUUUCAGGAGAAAUGAGUCUAGGAAACAUAGGCUUGUCCAGUAUAGUUGAUAUCUAAAGUAAGUUAUGAUAAGUUUUAAUAAGUUGUUCACUUAAAUUUAGAUAAAUUAGGAUAAGUAGAAAUUAGGUGAAUAAAAUGUACUCUAAUGAUUUUGGAUUAGGCAAGGAAAGAGAAAGGACAUGCGGAAUAAGAGACAGUUUGUGAUAAGUUUUAAUAAGUUAUGUUAAGUUUUAAUACUCCCUCCGUCUCUUUUUGUUUUUUACGUUGGUAUUUUGCACGCAUUUUAACGACUAAUUAAUGUGCAUUGAGAUUCUUCUAAGUUUUUCGUGUAAACAGAAAAAUUACUUUUAUUUAUAAUGUUUUCACUAUUAUCAAAAUUCUGAUAUUGGGAAAUGAGAAAAAGUUAAUGUCUUUAUGGAAAAAUGUGAGAGAUUAAAUGACCCAAUGGAUUUAAUUGGUUAAUAUAAUAAUUGGCACAAAUUUUGAUAAAAUAUUAAAUCAUUUAUGUGAUAAUAUAAAAAGAAAUGUAAAGAACAUUUUGAAACACCCAAAAAAGAAAACGUAAAAAACAAAAAGAGACGGAGAGAGUAAGUUUUAAUAAGUUGUUCAGUUAAGUUUAGAUAAAUUAGGAUAAGAUAAGUAGAAAUUAGGUGAAUAUAACGUACUUCAAUGAUUUUGGAUUAGGCAAGGGAAGAGAAAGGACACGAGGAAUAAGAGACAGACAGUUUAUCAAGAAAGAAAAAGCGUUUUACCACCUUGUUGUCCCAUUUUAUGGAGUUAUUAUCUAAACAAAAGAAGAGAUUUUAUGGGUGGGUUAUCCUUUCUUGUCCCUUCUUAUCAACCAUUAUGGUCAAAUGACAUGAUUAAGAUUUAAGACUUUGUUUUAACUUUUAAGGAACUGAGAUAUACUAUUAUAGACCACGUUUGAAGAAUUUAAUUUCCAUGGGUCCAAAUUAGGAGCUUUUGAGUAAAUCAAACACUAACUUGUAAGUUGUAACUUUAAAUUAUUCUCGAAAAGUAAAUACGAUAAAGAAAUGACCUAGCGUGUACUCUGUAUCAUCUUAAAGACUAUAAAGGAUGAGUCGGAUGACAUUAGGCUCCGGACUUUUAAUUUUAUAAGAUGAAAAACUCCAAUCGUUAAAGCAAAGAAUAAUAGUCAAUUUGGCGCAAUAACAAUGUCUUGAUAAGUAAAAGAGGUAAAAGAAACGAAGUUUUUGCUAAUUAUAGUUUCUAGAUCAUCUAUAUUUAAUAAUAGAAAUCUCAUACGAAAUAUGAAAUGGUUUGCUGUAAAUCACGAGUAAUGAUUUAUAGUUAUAAUAAUGACUGUUUAAGGCAGAUUUCAUGCGCAGAUUUCACGCAAUAAUGCGUAAAAUGUAAAGUGACACACAUCCAAGAUUCAACACUAAACAAUGAAGUAUUAUUAUAGAGAAAGAGUAGUGUAUCAUACAAUUUGUGUUAAACCUAAAACGGAUAAACAUGCAUUUUUGGUGAAGAUCUAAAUUCCCAUCUACCUCAUAAUCGAUAUUCAAUCAUCAUCAAAGAAGCAAGUAGUUAAAAGAAAACAAGAAGAAUAUUGGUAAUAUGGCCCAUCAACGUGGCACCCUAAUCUUUUUACAGUACUAGUUUGUGUGUUUUUUUUAAUUGUAUUUGCAAGUUGCAGGCUUGCUGCUUGGAGUAGGCCCGAGCCCGGUGGGCCCGGGAGAAUGCACUUUAUUGAAAUAUUGGGAUUCAAGAUAAAAUGAUGGGCUAUUUAGCCUGUUAGUGUAAGGUGUCCACUUACUGGACCAUGGUCUUGUCUAAUUGCAAUGAGUACUUCCAAAGUCCCAAGUUUGACACUUUUGAUUGUGUUAAAAAUCAAAAGUUUUUCAUAUUGAGGUUUACCUGAUUAUUGAUACGAAUUUAACAAUAUUUUUCGGUACUAUAAUUGGUGUGAUAUUUAAAGAACAAAGUAUGAGGUGUUUUGAAUAAGUCGUACCAUUUCGACUGAUGUAUGGACUAGUUGAUAAGGAAUACUCCUUAGUUAAGUUUUUCGAUGUAAAUUUUGUUGUGUGGCAUAUUAGUAGUUGAUAGUUGAGGUUUUUUUACUAUGUGUUUGUUAGUGUUGGCCCCCGAUCACCCACCUUGUCGAGUCACACGCCACUACGACUUCACAUUAGUAUGAUAUGGUACACGUUGGGUCUAACUCGCAUUGUUUUGGGCUACUCCCCAAAAGGCCUCAUACUAUUUGGAUAAAGUAAACACUUAUAUGCUAGACACCUUUUACCUACGCUUUCAAUGUGGGACUUGGAUUGAUAUCCCAACAGUUAGAUAUGUAAUCGGUCAAGUCUUUUUUCUGUAUUGUCCCAACACGAGAUUACGUUGCUGAGUUCAAUGUUACCUCCUCUAAUCACUUUCUAAAUAUCGUGUCAUAAAGGUUUUUUGCAAGUUAAAGAAAUGAGGAAGUAUUUUCUAACACAAAUGUUUAGUAACACAAAUACUGUAAUUUUGUAACAAAUAUUUACAAAUUUGCCUUUGACACACGAAGUAUACAAUUUCGUAUGUCCGAUUUUGCUUUGGUAUUUUCGUAAUUUUGUCCCCUUUUGGUAGUUUCUUUUUCUCCACGUAUGAUCCUCGGUAAUGAAACCCUUUGAAAAAUUGCCGCGAGUUCAACAAGCUUCCUUAAACCCUAAACCCCCAAACCCCUUCUCCUCCGCCAUCAUUUGACGCCCCAACCACCGCCCAAAACCCCUUCUCCUCCUCUUUCUCUCUCUCCGUCGCCAGCAUUUUUCACCACCACCGCCCAAAACCUUCAAAACCAAUGAUUGCUUCUCUACACCAUAGAAAAAACCCUGGAGCUUACCAAUUCCCAUGCUUUAUCGUCUCCGCCCAUGUAGACUCCGCCGCCUUCCUCUCCUCCUCUCUAAACCCUUCACUUCCACUUCCGCCGCCUUAAUUUCCGACGACACUCCCCCUGUCACCACCGAAACCCCAAUCUCAAACCCCAGUGAUACAAUCCGCGAUAUUCUUCACAAAUUAAGAAAAUUCGGUCUCAAUCAAUUCGUCACUGGCGGUUAUUUUCACGGCACUUUUGCUUCUAAGUUGGAUUCAGACACUGUUGAUCAGAUUAUUGAUAAAUUGAGUGUUGAAAGCCCGGAAUCAGCUGUAGGAUUUUAUUCCCUUUUGAAGAGUGAUUAUGGAUUUCAACCUUCGACAAAAUGUGUGUUUGUUGUGGCUCAUAUUCUUGCUGAGAUGCGGCGGGUUUGGGAUUUGCAGGAUGUUAUCAAGGAGAUUGUAGCUCAGGAAGGAUCAGGCUCUGCACCUUUUCUAUGUGAUCUACUUGAUAACAGCUUCAGAGACUGGAAUUCGACUUUUCUUGUCUGGGAUAUGGUGGCCUUUUGUUAUUCAAGAUUGGAGAUGGUACAUGAUGCACUUGUUAUUUUAGCAAAGAUGAAGAUCCUGAAUUUGCAACCGUCAAUAUACACCUAUAAUAGUAUGUUGCAAAACCUGAAACACACUGAUAUUAUAUGGAAUAUAUACGAUGAAAUUAAAUCCAGAGAUAUUUCACAUAGCAGAUAUACAAAUCCCAUUUUUAUAGAUGGACUUUGCAGGCAGUCAAUGCUUCACGAAGCAGUAAGAUUUUGGCGGGAGACUGAAGGAAAGGAGACUGGGGUUUCUAUUGUUUCACUCAACACCCUUAUGUCAAGUUUUUGCAGAGUGGGCCUUGUUGACGUUGCAAAGUCUUUCUUUAGUAUGAUGCUAAAGUCUGGCAUUCUCCCUGAUAUAUACAGCUAUAAUAUUCUUAUUAGUGGAUUAUGUAUGGCGGGAGCUAUAGAAGAAGCUUUGAAUUUUGCAGAUGACAUGGAGAAGAAUGGUGUUGAUCCUGAUAUUGUGACUUAUAAUACUCUUAUCCAAGGGUUUAACCGUCUUGGCUUGGUAGGCGAGGUUGAGAAGAUCAUUCAGAAAAUGAUGAUCAAGGGUUUGAAGCCCGAUAAUGCUACUUAUAAGGUAUUGGCAUGUGGAUAUUGCCAGGGUGGCAACUUGGGUGAAGCACUUAAUCUGCUACAUAAGAUGACUCUUCAGGGCAUUCCACCAAGUAUUAUUCCUUACACUGUUGUGCUUGACGGUCUGUGUAAGAUGGGGCAUUUCGACAAGGUAAUCAAAUUGCUUGAUGUCGUUGAUGAGAUGGAAGACCUAGGACUAAAACCAGAUUCAGUUUUUUACUCUGUUAUUAUACAAUGUCUUUGUAAGAUAGGAGAAGUGGAUAGAGCUAUACAACUCUGCAGUGAGAUGCACUCAAGAAGAAUCUUCCCGAGUUUGGUCUGUCAUGGAGCAAUUCUCUCGAAGCUAUGUAACGAGGGGAUGCUGCAUGAGGCAAGAAUGUACUUUGAUGCCCUGUCGGAAUGUUAUUUAGCUUUCAAUGUUGUUCUGUAUAAUAUAAUGAUUGAUGGAUGUGUGAAGUUUGGUAAUAAUGGAGCUGCUGUACAGUUAUACAUGCAACUAUUGGAAAAAGGUAUUAAGCCAACAAUAAUCACAUUUAACUCUUUGAUUCAUGGUUUUUGUAGAAGCGGAAAACUAGGGGUAGCUAGAAAGUGGUUUGAGACAAUUAAGGUCCACGGACUUGUACCGAAUGCUGUAACUUACACCACCCUUAUGGAUGGGUACUGUAAAGAUGAAAAUACUACUGCCAUGCUUGAGUUGUUCCAGGAGAUGAUGGCAGAAAAUGUGGACCCAACACAUAUCACUUACACUGUCCUAAUCAAAGGUCUCUGCAACGAAAGGAGAUGGCAAGAAUCUUUUCAAGUACUUGCAAAUAUGUACAGCAAGGAUCUAAAACCAGAUCAAGUAACUUACAAUACCAUUAUCCAAUGUCUUUGUAGAGCGAAGAACUUGAAAGGAGCAUUAUGGCUACAUGAUGAGAUGAUAAAGGAAAAUAUUCAACCUAGUUCGGUCACUUAUAAUAUUCUCCUGAAUGGCCUCUGUUUAUACAGUGAUUUGAAGGUUGCAGACAAUCUAAUGCGUUUUCUUCAACAUCAGCAGAUUAGUUUGUCAAAGGUUGCUUACAUGACGUUGAUAAAAGCACAUUGUGUCAAGGGAGAUACAUCUGCAGCAAUUAUAAUUUUUCAUUGCAUGCUGCAUAAGGGUUAUCAAGUCUCCAUCAAAGAUUUUAGUGCUAUCAUAAAUAGAUUGUGCAAAAGGGGUUUCAUAACCGAAGCAAAACUUUUUCUAUGCAUUAUGUUAUAUGAAGGAAUUUCACCUGAUAAGGUUCUUUUUGAGAUGCUGGUUCAGACCUUUCUUUAAUUUGUUCCAUAAGAAGCGAUGUUUUGUUUGCUCCUUUCUCUGAGAACAUUGAGAUGGUGUUUGCAAUGAGUGUCAUGUCAGGGGAAUAACUUCGCCUGCAAGACUGAUUUUGUUCAAGAUAUGAAUGUAUAUGCCAGCUUUGAGAACACAAAGAAUGAAUGAACUUCUCGUUGAAAGUAUUCUUCUUGUUGUUUUUGGGACGAGGUCGACAGCUCUUUGCAGCUGGAGCAAGUGCAUAACUGCAUAUGUUGGAAAAUGCGGAAUGUGUUUUAUAAUUAGCAGGCUGUUAUUGGUUAUGGUUAUGGUUACAAUAACUACGAUCAUGUCCAGACUGAUGCCAUGAUUUCUGGAGCCCUUAAGUGUUCAAGUCGAACCUUGGCUCUCUGCUAAAUAUAGGCUUCACAGUAAUAUGCUGAAUGAUGUAGUGCUUCAGGGAGCCUGAACACGAAUGACAUCAAUAUUAGUGGCUACUCUCCAAGGAGCUUGAGUGUGAAUGUCUUCAGUUAUCGUUUAUUUACCAAUGUAUCCUAUAGAAGUUAGUCAUCCCUCUGUGGAACAAGCUGCCCCAGGAGAAAGAAAGUUAGGAUCUGAACAGUUUAAUGAAGUUGCAGAUGACAGAAAUUUGCCUCCUUUUCAAGUUUUUGAUACUCCAAGUUGGGUCGAUUUUUCCUCCAAGGCCAGCUGCUGAACUUCCACCAGCUUUCACUGCCUCCGAUGCCUCCAAGGUUAAGCCCAACUUGGCCCAUCUAAUUCCGUUCUGGCUCGUUGAACAGGUCUAGCCCUCACCUUCUGAGGUAUAUCUCGACCACGUGACUUGUUGAUUCGACCCAAUGCAUUCGAGUCAGGCACCAUGUGUUCUCCUUCACAAAGUUUCAGUGCCAGCUCUGUAUACUCUGCUAAAAGUUUGGCAUUUGACAAACUGAUCAGCCUCCAUUGGCCAAGCCAACAGCACCACCCUAAAGGCCCGGCCCGACACAAAAAUCCCGGUCAGUGGCCUGGCCACAAUUUGAACUAUUCGACCCGGCAUGUUGCAGAAUGGGCUUGGGUGGGCCUGGCCUGGACCACAUCCAUCUUUACACCACCCCCAGCCAUUACAUUACACUCUGCAACAAUGAGUUCCACCCGCACAGUGACUCACGAACCCACCUACUGCUUUGUGGUGCAGUGUCUCUCACUUGUGGGACCCAACCUCUUUGCACCAUGCGCCGAUCAGAGGCCCGCUUGUCAAACCCAUCUGGGACCUGUUGACUGGACCUGGACUUGACCACCCAUAUGAACUGAGUCUUCCUUCGCUCCAAAGCUGAAGCCAUACAUACCCUAAUUUUGAGGUUCUGUAAGCAGCUUUUUGACUUCCAAAACAGACAUAUAACACUCUACAAUCAGGGCAUGUAUCAUAUCAAGCCAGUUAGCACUCCAAAUUGGUUAAUUGAUAGUUUAAUACUACCAAUUAGGCACCACAAAGGUCAACUACACAGUCCCAAAUGAGGUUGGAGAGGCGGCAAGCUGUGAUGUGUUGAUAAACACAUCACAGUGGUACGCUGGUACUUUCACAUCACAUAACAUGGGUACGGUAUAUAAUUGUUUAAAUUUUUUAAACCAUUAUUCUUAUUUAUAUAGCAUUGUUUGUUUUAUA